CCAAACAAACAGUAGUAUCUCUGGAGAAUCAAGAAAAAGAUGGGUAUUAAUGAGAUGUCGGCGAGUGAGAUAGCCGCGGCGAAGCAGAAGAGCGUCGACGAUUGGUUACCCAUCACAUCCUCCAGAAACGCCAAGUGGUGGUACUCUGCUUUUCACAAUGUUACAGCCAUGGUUGGUGCUGGUGUUCUCAGCUUGCCCUACGCCAUGUCUAAUCUCGGAUGGGGACCUGGAGUGACGUUGAUGGUUCUGUCAUGGCUGAUAACUUUGUACACACUGUGGCAAAUGGUGGAGAUGCAUGAGAUUGUUCCGGGGAAGAGGCUUGAUAGAUAUCACGAGCUUGGCCAACACGCUUUUGGUGAAAAGCUUGGCCUUUGGAUCAUUGUGCCUCAACAGCUUAUCGUAGAGGUCGGUGUAGACAUCGUUUAUAUGGUCACCGGAGGAGCCUCGCUCAAGAAAGUUCAUAAUCUACUCUGCUCUGAUUGCAAAGAUAUCAGAACUACUUAUUGGAUCAUGAUCUUUGCUUCCAUCCAUUUCGUUAUCUCUCACCUUCCCAAUUUCAACUCCAUCUCCAUCAUCUCACUCGCCGCUGCUGUUAUGUCCUUAACUUACUCAACUAUAGCUUGGGCUGCAUCGGUGCACAAAGGGGUUCAUCCAGAUGUUGACUACUCACCUAGAGCCUCGACCGAUGCUGGAAGAGUAUUCAACUUCUUGAAUGCGUUGGGAGAUGUGGCUUUUGCCUAUGCAGGUCACAACGUUGUGUUGGAGAUUCAGGCCACGAUCCCUUCGACCCCCGAGAUGCCAUCCAAGGUCCCAAUGUGGAGAGGAGUUAUUGUAGCCUACAUUGUAGUCGCCAUCUGCUACUUCCCCGUAGCAUUCCUCGGCUAUUAUAUCUUUGGAAACAGCGUUGAUGACAACGUUCUCAUCACUUUGCAGAAGCCUAUAUGGCUCAUCGCUAUGGCUAACAUGUUCGUGGUUGUCCAUGUCAUUGGAAGCUAUCAGAUAUUUGCAAUGCCCGUGUUUGACAUGCUCGAAACCUUCUUGGUUAAAAAGAUGGAUUUCGAUCCUUCCUUCAAGCUCCGCUUCAUCACCCGAAGCCUUUACGUCGCUUUCACGAUGAUCGUUGCGAUUUGUGUCCCCUUUUUUGGUGGACUACUCGGCUUUUUUGGAGGAUUCGCCUUUGCCCCAACAACCUACUACCUUCCAUGCAUUAUUUGGCUAACUCUCAAGAAGCCAAAGAAGUUUAGUCUAUCUUGGACAAUUAACUGGUUCUGCAUCGUAGUAGGAGUUCUUUUGACGAUCCUAGCCCCAAUUGGUGGACUUAGAACCAUCAUAGUCAACGCCAAGACCUACAAGUUCUUCUCUUAGAUCGAUCACUCUUUGUAGCACACAAACAAAGAAAUAAAAUCACGGGCCUGUCUAAUUUUAUGCGACUGUCCGUGGAAGUAAUGUUAAGUUUUCCUCAUUGUAGUUAAAGACGCAUAAGUUUUGUUAUGCUUGGUUUCGUUUGAUAUUAAACUAUG